UUCUCGUCCAAUUUAAAAGUUUAUACAAUUUCUUUUUGUUGUUCCAAUAGCUUUUAAUUGUUCUAAAACUAUUCGAUUAUUAAAUUUAUUGAAAAAUAUAUUCAAAUCAAACUACAAUUGAAGUGAACAAUAAUUGUGGAUGAUUGUUCAUUCUUAGUGUUUUACACUUUAUUAAAAAAGAGAUUUGCCCUUAAAUAUCAAACGUGUUGGAAACAGCUUAACUAAGCAUGCAUUUUCUUGGUUUCGGUCAAUCGGCAGAACUCGAUAUCGUAUUCAGUGGAGCCGAAAACCGUAAAUUGGUAGAACUGAAAACAGAGGAUGGCAAAAAAGAACAAUGCCUACUUUACUAUGACGGAGAGCCUGUCAUAGGAAAGGUAAAUGUUACACUUAAAAAACCUGGUAGCCGACUCGAGCACCAAGGCAUCAAAAUAGAGUUUAUUGGUCAGAUAGAAUUGUUCUAUGAUCGAGGCAACCACCAUGAGUUUAAGACUAUUAUAAAAGAAUUGGCUCGACCAGGUGAUCUUAUACAAAACACAGAUUAUCCAUUUGAGUUUCUGAAUGUUGAGAAACCAUUCGAGGUGUAUAAUGGCUCUAAUGUUCGUCUGAGAUAUUUUCUCCGGGCAACAAUCAUUCGACGACUAAGCGACAUUGUCAAGGAAGUCGACAUUGCUGUACAUACUUUGUGUAGUUAUCCUGAUGCAAAUAUUCCAAUUAAGAUGGAAGUUGGAAUUGAAGAUUGUUUGCACAUUGAAUUCGAGUAUAACAAAUCAAAAUAUCAUUUGAAAGAUGUGAUUGUUGGCAAAAUUUACUUCCUUCUUGUGCGCAUAAAAAUCAAACAUAUGGAAAUUACAAUCAUCAAGCGGGAAUCUACCGGAUCUGGGCCAAAUAUUUUCACUGAGAAUGAAAAUAUUGCAAAAUAUGAAAUAAUGGAUGGUGCUCCAGUAAAAGGUGAGAGUAUACCAAUACGUGUAUUUUUGGGUGGCUACAGCCUGACUCCUACAAUGAAAGACAUAAGUAAGAAGUUUUCUGUGAAAUAUUUCUUGAAUCUGGUUCUUAUGGACACUGAAGACCGACGCUACUUCAAACAACAAGAAAUUAUUCUUUGGCGUAAAGCAGACAAAACAAGAAAAACAUCGCAAAACCAACAACUUCAAACAAGUAAUCCUCGUGCUCCGACUCAUCUAGUUGGUGGUAGAAAUGAAAUAAGUGGCUUCAGCGGAACAACAACAUCGGAACGGGAACACGUUGAUGCUGAAUAUCGCCCAGCCAUUGAUCCUAAGAUGGGUCUUUUCACAAGGGAAAGUCCACAACAAGAAUAUUCACAACUUCCCGGUGAUGAACCAGUUGACAUGCUAAGGGGUACUGCUGACGGAGCUGCCUCAGCUGCGGAGCAUUUAAGCGAUGCGAACGCAUCUACCAAUGCACCAGCACCCGCUGCUAAUGCAACUGCCAAUCUCUUUGAAUCAAAUGAUAUUGUUGUUGCUGCAUCUACAGCUGUCUCAACUACACCACCACCAUUGCCCCUUGUUGACGAUGAAUCGAAUUACGAAGAUGUUUCUUUAUCUGCUGACACAAGUGCACCAAUCUCAAAUCCAUCGCCAUCGCAGCGCAAAACACCUAUAGCUGCUAAUGUAAAAGAUGUCGAGUCGAAUAUUCAAAAGCAAGAACCUUCCGUAUAAAGCUUUAAGAACUAUAGUGAAAAAUUCCAAAUUUGUCGUUAUGUUUGGCAGAUGAUUAUAAUUUAAUCAGCAUAUUAUAUGUAUAACAGUUUUCAAUGAAUAAAAUAAUAUUAUAAAAAUAAAAUAAGCGAUUUCAAAUUAAAUAAACGAUUACAAAUACAAUUGAGUACCAGAGGGCGGCAUGUAGACCAUAUCUUUUUAGCAAUAAAAACAAUUGUAUUACAAUAUUAUA